AUGUCGCAAAGAAGAACCGCCCCGAACGGCGUCGAGCAAAAAGCCUCGGAGGCCGUGUCAGAGCCCCCCAAAGACAAGCAGGUCAAGCUGUUGUCUUCUGAUACCGGCCACUUCUCUCUUAUGAGAGCACUCCACCUUGCGGAUCUGAUUACUGAACUAAAUGGCUUCUGCGGCGUCAUGUCCAUCUUCUCCGCCAUGCGCUACUGUCUCGGCGCGCCGAACGACUACUCCAACCUCUGGGCCGCGCUCGCCUUACAGCCUCUUGGUCUCUUCUUUGACUUCAUGGAUGGCAGGGUCGCAAGAUGGCGAGGAAAGGCUUCUCUGAUGGGCCAAGAGCUCGACUCUCUAGCUGAUCUGAUCUCUUUCGGCAUGUCUCCAGCAGCCGCGGCUUUCGCUAUCGGUCUCCGUAGCCCUCUCGACCACCUCCUCCUGACCGUGUUCGUCCUAUGCGGCCUUUCUCGCCUCGCGCGGUUCAAUGUUACUGUCGCAAUGCUGCCCAAGGACGCCACUGGAAAAUCAAAAUACUUUGAAGGCACGCCGAUCCCUACGACGCUAGGAGAGGUCGCGUUUAUGGCAUACUGCGUCAGCAAGGGGUGGAUUCAUGAGAACAUACCACUAGGGACGGUUCUCGAGGGAACGCCACUUGAGUUUCACCCGUUGGCCUUGAUUUUCGUCUUGCACGGAUGUCUGAUGGUCAGCAAGACGCUGCAAAUUCCCAAGCCGUAG